CGUCCGGCAGUUGUGGCGGAGACACCUCCGCCUCCCAAGUCCCAACCACCCGCGGUCCCGCGCCAAGAGGCCAUCCCCCACGCAUGGCGACGGCGUCGCGGCUGCUCGCGCCAGCGCCUCCUCCGGCCGCCCCGCCACGCUGCGUCCGGAGCAACCGCGUCGCCGUCCCUCGCCUCCGGUGCCGAGCCUCCGCCGCCGCCUCGCCCGCCGCUGGCGCCGCGCUGCUGGAGCGCGACGGCGCCCCGGUGGCCGUGCGGGAGUUCGUCACGCUCGACGAGCUCCACGCCGCCGUGCGCCUCCGCAUCCGCACUUUCUACGAGUAUGCCGUCGAAUCGGUCGGAGCCGAGGAUCAAAGAAAGGCCCUUGCAGACAGGGAGUUUGAAGCGUUGCAGGAUAGAAUUUCUGGGAAAAUGAUCAAUUUUCGAAGAGUUUCUUGUAUAAAUGGGACUUUACCACUGUCCCCAUCCUUAAUGACAGCUGAGGAACUUUGUUCUAUGUGCAAGUUUGUGGAGGAUGGAGAAGAGAGAGUAGUAGUUGGUAGUUUGGACCUUAAUCAGUGUCUUUGGCUACCAGAUGAAUUAACUGGAAUGAGGCCUGGGGUAAACGAGGACAGCCAGACAAGAGCAUAUCUAAGUAAUGUUUGUGUUGCCAAGGAGCUUCAAAAGAAGGGUUUAGGUUAUGCAUUGGUCGACAAGUCCAAGAAACUAGCUCGUGAAUGGGGCAUAACAGAUCUGUAUGUCCAUGUUGCCAUAAACAAUAUAGCAGGGCAAAAGCUGUACAAAAAGAGUGGAUUUGUUUAUGAAGGCGAAGAACCUGCAUGGAAGGCUAGGUUUCUGGGGCGGCCUCGAAGGCUGCUGCUUUGGCUUGAUAUGAACAAAGAGCCUUUGUGAUCUUGCAAUGUAAAAUACAUACUUGUAAUUAUGUCCUUGUAAUAGUUUAUUUUUACCAUCCAAUCCCAAUGCUCUAAAUGAUUGUAGAUCAUCUCUCUUCUUUGACUAAUUUCUUGUUCAUAGCUUGUAUAUUGAAUUCAACUCGAAAGAAAUGACAAGGUUCGAUGAUUUUCAUAUU